GGGAUGCGCCGCCCCGAGCCGCUGCCUCCGCCGCCGCAGCCGCAGCCGCAGCGGGCACAGAGCAGGUAGAUGGCCCCCCCAGGGCAGGCCCUGCGGACACCCCUCCCUCCGGCUGGCGGAUGCAGUGCCUAGCGGCUGCUCUUAAGGACGAAACCAACAUGAGUGGGGGAGGGGAGCAGGCCGACAUACUGCCGGCCAACUACGUGGUCAAGGAUCGCUGGAAGGUGCUGAAAAAGAUCGGGGGCGGGGGCUUUGGUGAGAUCUACGAGGCCAUGGACCUGCUGACCAGGGAGAAUGUGGCCCUCAAGGUGGAGUCAGCCCAGCAGCCCAAGCAGGUCCUCAAGAUGGAGGUGGCUGUGCUCAAAAAGCUGCAAGGGAAAAGCCACGUGUGCAGGUUCAUUGGCUGUGGCCGGAAUGAGAAAUUUAAUUAUGUGGUGAUGCAGCUCCAGGGCCGGAAUCUGGCCGAUCUGCGCCGCAGCCAGCCGCGAGGCACCUUCACGCUGAGCACCACGCUGCGGCUGGGCAAGCAGAUCCUGGAGUCCAUUGAGGCCAUCCACUCGGUGGGCUUCCUGCACCGUGACAUCAAGCCGUCAAACUUUGCCAUGGGCAGGCUGCCCUCCACCUACAGAAAGUGCUACAUGUUGGACUUCGGGCUGGCCCGGCAGUACACCAACACCACGGGGGACGUUCGGCCCCCUCGGAAUGUGGCCGGGUUUCGAGGGACUGUUCGUUAUGCCUCAGUCAAUGCCCACAAGAACCGGGAGAUGGGCCGCCACGAUGACCUGUGGUCCCUUUUCUACAUGCUGGUAGAGUUUGCAGUGGGGCAGCUGCCCUGGAGAAAGAUCAAGGACAAGGAGCAGGUAGGGAUGAUCAAGGAGAAGUAUGAGCACCGGAUGCUGCUGAAGCACAUGCCCUCCGAGUUCCACCUCUUUCUGGACCACAUUGCCAGCCUCGACUACUUCACCAAGCCCGAUUACCAGUUGAUCAUGUCGGUGUUUGAGAACAGCAUGAAGGAACGGGGCAUCGCUGAGAAUGAGGCCUUUGACUGGGAGAAGGCGGGCACCGAUGCCCUCCUGUCCACAAGCACCUCCACUCCACCCCAGCAGAACACGCGGCAGACGGCAGCCAUGUUCGGGGUGGUCAACGUGACGCCAGUGCCCGGGGACCUGCUCCGGGAGAACACCGAGGACGUGCUGCAGGGCGAGCACCUGAGUGACCAAGAGAACGCACCCCCAAUCUUGCCUGGGCGGCCCCCUGAGGGGCUGGGUCCCAGCCCCCACCUUGCCCCCCACCCCGGGGGUCCUGAGGCUGAAGUCUGGGAGGAGACGGAUGUCAACCGGAACAAACUCCGGAUCAACAUCGGCAAAGUAACUGCAGCCAGAGAGAAGGACACCCCUUGUGUGGUGGAAGAGGAGCAGAGCCGAGGUGUGGGGGUCCCCAGCUCCCCGGUGCGUGCCCCUCCAGACUCACCGACAACCCCAGUCCGUUCUCUUCGCUACCGGAGGGUCAACAGCCCUGAGUCUGAGAGGCUUUCCACAGCGGAUGGGCGGGUGGAACUGCAUGAGAGGAGGUUGGCCUCCCUGGGACUGAAGAACACAUUUUCAUCCAUGGUAGCCCAGAGGGUUCAGGAAACAAGGAGAACUGAGGAACGGCAGUUUGGAAGGGAUAUCAGUGGAGAAGAGAGGUCACGAAUGGAUCUGCCCGGCUCACCCUCGCGCCAAGCCUGCUCUUCGCAGCCGGCCCAGAUGCUCUCAGUGGACACAGGCCACGCCGAUCGGCAGGCCAGCGGCCGCAUGGACGUGUCAGCCUCCGUGGAGCAGGAGGCCCUUAGCAACGCCUUCCGCUCAGUGCCGCUGGCCGAGGAGGAGGACUUUGACAGCAAGGAGUGGGUCAUCAUUGACAAGGAGACAGAGCUCAAGGACUUCCCCCCGGGGGCUGAGCCCAGCACAUCGGGCACCACGGACGAGGAGCCCGAGGAGCUGCGGCCGCUGCCCGAGGAGGGCGAGGAGCGGCGGCGGCCAGGGGCAGAGCCCGCCGUCAGGCCCCGGGGACGAGGCAUGCAGACGCUGGCUGAGGAGGACCCUCGGCAGAUUCCAACCCAGCCCCUACCACCCCAGCUGAGCCAAGCUGAUGGCCGGUCAGAGACGUCGCAGCCCCCCACGCCCGGCAGCCCUUCCCACUCGCCCCUGCACUCGGGACCCCGGCCUCGACGGAGAGAGUCCGAUCCCACAGGCCCACAGAGACAGGUGUUCUCCGUGGCAUCCCCGUUUGAGGUCAAUGGUCUCCCACGAGCUGUGCCUCUGAGCCUGCCCUACCAGGACUUCAAGAAAGAUCUCUCUGAUUACCGAGAACGGGCUCGGUUGCUCAACAGGGUCCGGAGGGUGGGAUUCUCCCACAUGCUGCUCACCACCUCCCAGGUCCCACUGGCUCCUGUUCAGCCUCAAGCUAAUGGGAAGGAGGAGGAGGAGGAGGAGGAGGAGGAAGAGGAGGAAGAGGAGGAGGAAGAGGAGGAGGAGGAAGAAGAGGAGGAGGAGGAAGAAGAAGAGGAGGAGGAGGAGGAAGAGGAGGAGGAGGAGGAAGAGGAGGAGGAAGAAGAGGAGGAGGCAGUGGCUCUAGGGGAGGUGCUGGGGCCUCGCAGUGGCUCCAGCAGUGAUGGGAGUGAGAGGAGCACUGACCGGAGCCAAGAGGGUGCCCCUUCCACGCUGUUGGCUGAUGACCAGAAGGAGUCCAGGGGCCGAGCCUCCAUGGCCGACGGGGACCUGGAGCCUGAGGAGGGCUCCAAAACGCUGGUGCUCGUCUCCCCUGGCGACAUGAAGAAGUCGCCCGUCACUGCCGACCUGGCCCCUGACCCUGACCUGGGCACUCUGGCUGCCCUCACUCCUCAGCAAGAGCGGCCCCAGCCCACCGGCAGCCAGCUGGACGUGUCUGAGCCAGGCACCCUGUCCUCUGUCCUCAAGUCUGAGCCCAAGCCCCCUGGGCCAGGAACAGGGCCAGGGGCCGGGGCAGUGACCACAGGGGCAGGAGGAGUGGCAGUCACCUCCUCACCCUUCACCAAAGUUGAGAGGACCUUUGUGCACAUUGCAGAGAAAACCCACCUCAAUGUUAUGUCUUCCGGUGGACAAGCCUCCCGGUCUGAGGAGCUGGGUGCUGGGGGUGAGCCGGGCCUGGAGGCACCCUCUGACGGGAGGGUUGUGGAGGAGGGGGCCUCCGUGCCCCUGGAGAAUGGCAUCGCCCAGUCAGGGCUGGAGAGCUGUGUUCUGUCUGGACCCCCGAUGGAUAGCCCCUUGGAGGUGGCCACAGACUCACUGCCCAAUGGCCCAGCCCUUGUUAACGGGCCAGCUCCAGCAUCCCCGCUGGAGCCAGGCCCAGAGAAACUGGCCACUGUCUCCCCCAGCCGCCAUGCCAUGCCAGGCCCUCGCCCCAGGAGCCGGAUCCCUGUCCUGCUGUCUGAGGAGGACACAGGUUCGGAGCCCUCGGGCUCACUGUCGGCCAAAGAGCGGUGGGGCAAGAGGGCCCGACCACAGCAGGACCUGGCACGGCUGGUGAUGGAGAAGAGGCAGGGCCGCCUGCUGCUGCGGCUGGCCUCUGGGGCCUCGUCCUCCUCCAGUGAGGAGCAGCGCCGUGCCUCUGAGACGCUCUCAGGCACGGGCUCAGAGGAGGACACGCCUGCCUCGGAGCCUGCCGCCCCCAGGAAGGCAGGGCGGGCAGCUACCACCCGGAGCCGGAUUCCCCGCCCCAUCAGCAUCCGCAUGCCCACGCCUGCUGCAGCCCAGCAGUCCCCUGGCAGACCCCACAGCGCUGCCCCCGCAUCUGACACAGCCAUCACCAGCAGGCUCCAGCUGCAGAAGCCCCCAGGGUCGGCCGUUGCUGCUGACCUCCGCCCCAAACAGCCCCCCGGCCGUGGCCCGGGCCCAGGGCGAGCCCCAGCCGGCACCAGGCCCCCCGCCCCGCGAAGUCCAGGCCCUUCCACCUCCGCCGCGCCACGCCAGCCCAGCGCGUCCCCCCGGAGCCAGUCCCUGUCCCGCAAAGAGAGCUCCUCUCCCUCGCACCAGGCCCGGCCCGCAGGCCCCCCGCCCCGGGGCGCCCCGCAGGCCCGGGCCCAGCCUGAUGGUACCCCCUCCCCGGGGGGCCCCAAGAAAGGACCCAGAGGGAAACUCCAGACUCAGCGCGCAGCAACCAAAGGCCGGGCGGGGGUCGCGGAGGGCCGGGCCGGGGCCAGAUAAUGACGCGCGAGGCUCUCCGCGGCCCCCCACCCUCACCCCGGCCCCCCAUCCGCAGCCGGCCACACUGAAACAGCUCCCAGCACAGCCUUACGCGCCUGACGCGCGCCACCCGCGGCCCCAGCUUCCCGCCUGCACCCGCGAGGACGCGCGCCAGCAUUCGCCGCGCCCGCCCGCCGGCCCGGCCGGAGGGGGACGCCUCGCCGCGGGGUGGGGGAGGGGGGGGGAGCGCCAGCCUCCCGGUACUCCGCCCCCUCCCCGUGACCCCUGCCAUCCCCCUGCCGCCCUUCGGGUGGGGCAGGCUCACCCUCCGCCCCGGGGAAGGCUCAGCCACUUUUUCACUGAGGACUCCACUAAUGGGGACGCCCCCUCACCCGCCAGGCCUCUGCUGCUCUUCGCGCUCCCACAGGGACCUCUGCUUACACCUCCUGCGGCGCCUUUUCCUCCUCCCGCCUUCUUCCAGCCCAAGCCCACCCACCUCCACUUUGAGAAAGGCAGCCUCAAAUUCCGGAAGUGGAAGUUCCAGCCUCCCCACCAGGGACCAAUACCACAACCUCCUGGAAGCUGUGGUGGUCCAAAAGGCCUCCUCUUCUCAGCUGCUAGGCUGGGGUUGGGGAGCUGGGAUCCAGGGGCCAUUGGUCUACUCAGGUGUGAGGGGGCAGAUCUGACCAGCCCCAAAGUCCGCUCCAUUCUGGACACCCCUGUGGAAGAUGGUGGGCAGGUGAUUGGGGGGGGGGGGGCUGCUCUUCUGCACCCCUAGGGUGCAAAGUCCUUCUCCCCAUAAAUUUGGGUGGGUCCUCAAUGGGAACCAGAGAGCGUGUGUGGGCUGCCUUCCUGGGCACAUGUUUCCCAAUGGGAAGUUGGAGGGGGGCUUUAAAAAAGGUUUCACCCCCUCCCUUGGCCUCCUGAUCUAGUGCUCAGGACCCCUCACCAUCAGGAACUCCUUCUUGCCAUCUAACCUCAAUCCUGCCUGCUGCAGUUUCAGCCGACUUCCCUCUCUCCUGAGUUCAGUGGAGGUGGAGAAUGGCUGUUUUUCAUCUUCUCUGCACUGGCCCUUUAGAGAUUCAUGGACUCAGUUCUGGCCGGGUCACCCUGUCUGUCCUCCUGGGGUGGAGAGUGGGCUGGAUCAGACCAUCAUCUGGCCUGACAGCUGGCCCCUGGACUCAAGACAGAAAGGCCCUUCUAAGUCCAGAUGGUAUGCUUGUGUGAUGGGUCCAGCCUAAGUCCCCUCCUCCCCCAGCUAACCCUUCAGCCUGUCUCCUCUUGUCUUAACCCCAACCCAUGCAGCUGAGCUGUCCCUGCAGAGGGUGAGGGCUGUGCUGCUCCAUGAAUGGAUAUGGGGCUUCCUCCUGGGUCUGGCUCCUGCAUAGCUCAUCCCACCUCAUCAUGAGCCUCAACUGCCUACAUCUUGGCCAAGCAGCACACGGGCUGCAGAAGGGACAGCCGACCCUGUCUAUCUGGGACAGGUCCCCUGCAGGCCUUCUCCAUCCUCAGCACCCUCAGCCUCUGUCCCCUGGCCUGGCCCCUCUGUUCUUCUGUGAGUCACAGAGAACAAGGCUAGGCAACCAGGGGAAGAGGAAGAAAGGCCCCAGCAAGCCCCAGUGGUCUGGCAGCAUCCAGCCACCAUCGCUUAGAAGGAUGCCCAUGAGGAAGUUGGCCCUGGAAGCAGCCUGGUGGUGCCAGCUGAAGCCCCUCUUGGAGAGUCAGCAGGCUUGGGCAGCUGUUUCCACACCAAGGUGGUGGCUUCUCUGCAAACCAGCCCAGGGGAGGACUCCAGGGUGGACGGCCUUUGAGGUCCAUCCCAUGCUGACGCAGAAGCUCCCAGAACACUCAGGAAACCUCUCCGGACAGAGCCCUCUUUGUCAACCCAAGACCCUUCCAAGGCCUCUACUGCCCUCUGGGUCCAACAGAGGGGGUGGAAGAGGGGCCACUCCCUGCCACCUAGAGCUUCUCCGAAUGACAAUCAGCUCGUGCCAGGUGGGGACCAGGGCAUGACCCCCGGUGCCCAGGUCCUGGGCCUGCUCCUUGCCACCAACCGAACCGUGAAUGUAGGGCCCCCAGCUUCACUUCUGCCCCAGGACCAACAACACCCUGGUUUGGUGUUGGGAAGAAAAGGGGGCGGCCUGAGAGAGCCCCAGGCCCAUCUGACCCCUAGCUUCACCCAGCACUGGAGCUGGGCAGAGACGCAAAACCCUGUCUGCUCUCGGGAUUCCAGACCUCCCUAGGGCUCCCAACUGACCUCAGGCCUCUGCGUCAUGGAAUGUCACCAAGGUGGGGGAGGAGGGGUAGGGGUGAGUGUGGGAGGGGACUAGGGAACUGACUCUGCUCUUCUCCCCAGGAAGGAUCCAGGGCAGAGGACACCACACCUCCCAGUGUCCCCACCCCCAGCUGCAGCCUCUUCCCCCUUGAGCAUCCAUCCCCUCCACCAAGCCCUCCUGGGUCUGAGCCCUUUCUCUAUAAGAGUACCACACCAUCACCACCGCUACCACCACCUCACCCCUUGAGCACUUCCCCAUCAUGACAAACCUGUGUCAUUGGCUCAACACAGGUCUGCUCACCCCAGAACAUGCCUCCCCUCCCAAGCCACACUGUGCACGAAGCGGGUGCAGGAGAAGGGCCAUGUCCCAUUCAUGUGGGCACCCCCCUUCCGGGCUCCUCACAGGGGCCUGGCUCAGUCUUCUCAGCUCCGGGGAUCAGCCCUGGUGGGCAUGGAGUGGGGGGCAAGGAGGUGCCCUCCCCCUCCCCCAGGGAAGCCACUGAAGAAUGUUUACAUGCCAAACAGAAUGUAACACCCUCCCCCACCUCUUCCCAGUCACUGCAUGGCCUCUGCCCACCCUGCACCUGUCCACCCCCACCCCAACACCCUGGAAGCCGCUGUCAUGAUUAGAUCGGGUCUUGGAAGGGAAGUAGCCAUCACACCAUUAAAAAGCCUGUGGACCUUU